AUGGAUGUGGCAAAAGUUGCUUGCGUCCGGUUUGAAGGGGCUCCGCCCAAGCAGGGAGGAGCUUCAAGCAGGGAUAGGUCACCCAAUGAAAUUCCUUCACCCAAAGCAGUUGUGGGAUCAUUUGCCCUUGAUUGUGUUCCACGAUUGUGGGAUGAUUCACCUGCAAUCAGAGAUCGAAUCAGGGAGGGUGCUGGUCUCUUGAUGCGAUGCAACCCAACCAGUAGAAAGCCAGAGAAAGCUGACUACGUGGAAGCCUCAGUAGAGAACCUUAAACUCAACGCACCAGUUCUGAAACCUGUGCUUCAAGUGAUGCAGAAGCAUCUUUUGCAACUCCCAUCGAUUGAAGCCCUGAAUGCUUCAAUUGAAACGUUCUACAUGCUGUGCAAAGACUGGUGCCCCUUGAGUGCCCGUGCCUCUGGAGAGGAAUCAUCUGAUUCUCAACCAACAGACUCAGAGCCUGUGGCAGAUGGCUUGCCCCUGUUUGCUGAUUCCCUUGGACCCGUACAAGAUACUCAGGAACCAGAUCUAUUGAGUGAGCUUAUGGGUGAAUUGGAAAAACAACUGCCUGACCAUCCUCUACCGCCAGUUGCCAGCCCUCAGAUCCCAAGUCCGCCCAGGGACCGGACUAUCAUCGAGCAAAGUGCUGCAUCCAAGCCUGUUGCGGAAGCAGAUGUCAAACCACCGGUUGUUGGUAUGGGGGCAUCAGCGGCAGUAGCCACUCCGUGUCGUUCAGAUUCCCUUCCACAAAUGGACCCCAAACCAAGCGCGGCCACAUCGGCCCAGGAUGUGGUGGACAUUGUCUCUUCUGAUGAGGAAGGCUCUUGUGACAAACCAGUUCUUCGAAUUCCCGGGAUGCCAUCUUUGGACUUGAAUACCCUGAUCACUGCCAUCCAGCAACCUGAACAAGGGCAACAAGAACCAUCUGGUGAUGGCGUGGAAGCUACCACGGAUGAGAAGAAGAGUUUGGACCAACAAUCGGGGACGGGUCCUAUGUUGAUUGUCUCAGAUUCUUUGCUUCCCCCAGAGCCGGCCACACAUUUCCAAGAGACCUUGGUGCCAUGUAGCCCCGGUACAUUUCUAUCUACAGAUGUUGCUGCUGCAACUUUACGGGAUCUGGAUCAACACGAGAAACGGACUCAGGAGCAGGUCGUGACUAGACGCAAACAGUUCCGUCUCAAAAAGGAUCGGGCGGAGGCAAAGAGACAGAAGAAGGAAGAAAAGAAGAUUGAGAAAAGCAAGAAGAAGGAAGAGAAAGAGGCCAAACGUGUAGCAAAGGAAGCAGAGAAGGCUGCCAAGGCAGCUAGUAAGAAGGCUGCCAAGUCAAGCACCAAACAGGCAGGUCGGAAGGCAUCUGACAAGCUGAGUGAAAGGAAGGAGAAGCCAUCUAAGAGUAGCUCUAGCAAAACGAAGCCAAAGAAGGAAGCAAGCAAACAUGAUGCCCAGGAAGAAUUGACCCAAGAUGUCAGCCCAGCCGUCAGCCGCCAGAUGAAGCGUCUCAAGAAGUAUAGCAAAGCACUUGGCUCACCCAGCAAAGGAUCACAAAAAACAACUGAAUCGGAAAAGAUUGAGCAAUCAGUUGAUGACAACAACACUGAUCCAAAUGACAACUCUCAUGAGGAGAAACAUGCAGAACAAGAGAACAUGACCGACCCAGACCCAUCAACAUGUCAAAAGGAUGAAAAAGAUGUACAGGCUGAACAGGCUAUGGAUCAACAAGCUGAGGAAAAACAUGUGAAAGAAAAGAAAUCCAGAAAGACUGCAGCGAAGUCCAAGGCUAAGCAUGAAGAUGGAGAAGCAGAACAGAAGAAAACAAGCAAGACGAAGAAAGAAAAGCCAGAAAAGGCUGGAGCCAAAGCAAAAGCCAAGCCUCGGGCUAGGAAGGCAAAGGCUGAGUCAGAGGAAGAUGGCACGACUAAGAAUGCAAGACCUGAGAAGACGACCAAGAAAAGAGCUUCCAAGCAGACUGAGAAGGAUCCUGAGACAGCCAAGAAGACCAGGACUGUGAGGAGGACGAAGCAGACGGAGGUGGAUGAAUCUUUCCGCGACCAGGUUCUAGCGAUGCUCAAAGAAUGCGCAGCAACGCAUUGCACACACCCCACUUGGAAGAGGAUCAAAACCAAGGACGUUGAUGUUGAGCCAUACAUGACUCGCAGUGCUUGUGGGAUCAAGGUGGACAGAAGGUUCUUCACAAAUGAGAAGGCCCAGGGCACAGGGAAAGGUCAUGUGACCUACUUCAGUGGCAAAACCCACUGCCCAUACAGCAACCAGGUUCUUGGUGGACUUUGGGUUAAAGAAUGGGAGCGCAUGGGCAAGCCUGAUCCGCUUUGCGACCACAUGGUCCACUACAGCAAUGUCUUGAAGACCUCGCAUGCCGCUGCGGUCAGUGAGUGGAACAGUCAGCCAUCGGAGCAACACAGUUGA